AUGACUGCAUCCCUGGUAUUCAGACUACAUGACAGAGGUCCAGAGCUGGUGAGGGAGGUUCUUCUGGAGCGAGGAUGGGAGGAAUAUGACGAAGAAGAACGGGAGGAGGAGGACUGGAACCUCUACUGGCGCGGCUCUGCAUUUCGCAACUCCGAAUAUCACAACCUGUUGCCAUGGCAGCGCCUCAACCACCAUCCCAAAACUGUUGGCAUCACGCGCAAGGACUGCUUGGCCCGCAACCUGAGGAGAAUGAGAGCCACAUGUGGUUCGUCUCUCUACGACUUCAGUCCCACCGCUUUCAUACUCCCCAAUGACUACACCCGCUUUCUGGCUGAAUACAACAAACUGCGUCUGACCAGAGGACCGUCGGUCUACUGGAUAUGUAAGCCUGUGGAUCUCUCCAGAGGCAGGGGGAUCUUCAUCUUCACGGAUAUUAAGCAUUUGGUCUACGACUGUUCUGUUAUCGUGCAGAGGUACAUCAGCAACCCUCUGCUGAUCUCUGGCUACAAGUUUGACCUGAGGAUCUACGUGUGCGUUAAGAGCUUUCACCCACUGACCGUUUACAUUCAUCAGGAAGGACUGGUGCGUUUCGCCACUGAGAAGUACAACCUGUCAUCUCUGCAGAACCUGUACGCUCACCUCACCAACACCAGCAUCAAUAAGUUCGGUCCUUUCUACAAAACCGAAAAAGAGAGAGUGGGCCAAGGAUGCAAGUGGACCAUGAGCAAGUUCAGGCAUUUUCUCCACAGCCAAGAUAUCAACGAGCUUCUGUUGUGGCAGAGAAUCAACAAUAUCGUCACUCUGACCCUGCUCACCAUCGCUCCCUCGGUCCCCUCCUGUCCAAACUGUGUGGAACUGUUUGGUUUCGAUAUCCUUAUUGACUUCAGGUUUAAACCCUGGCUGCUGGAGGUGAACUACAGCCCAGCGUUGACUCUGGACUGCCAGGCUGAUAUUACUGUGAAGAAAGGACUAAUCGGUGAUCUGAUUGAUUUGAUGAACUACUCAUCGAUUGACAGUUUCAGAGAGAGAGCUUAUCAGAAACAUAAGCACAAGCGGCCUUGUUUCCAUGGUAACCAGCCCUCACCUGUGCUCACGAAGUUUAAAGAAACCAAAUUUCAGAAGGAAACAAGUGGCACCCAGCCCUCACAAUCUCAGGCGCUCCCUCUGCUAAAAACUCUUCGCCAGCCUAAAAAGAUGAACCAAAGACGAUCCAGACAACAAGCGCCUGUCGCUGACAAACGAAGACACCUUCCCCCUGUUGACCUAAGCAGGAUAUAUGCAACCAGGGGCAGAAUAAUUAACACCACAGCUACUAAAACCCACACCGACGAGACCCUAAACCUGAUACUCGGCCCACAUUCAAGGACAAAUGUGUCAGUGGUAAACAGACAGACUUGUCCACUCUCAGGAGAGACAGACGUUUCCUCUAAGACACCUGAUAUCCGACAGAAGGGGCUGGGAUUCAGACGUUCUGCUGUGUCCUGGAGGCUCCCUGACAUUCACAGUGGGAGUCGCCGGACAGUAAAGGCUCCUUUGGAGGGAACCACCGCACUGAACGGACAACAUAUCCCCCCACUCAGAGUUGGAGACUUCAUUCGCACAUUCCCAUUUAACAAAGCCACGCUGAAUGCCUCACAGAACGAACUGGAUGUGAAGAGCGUCACACAGGAGCUUCACAGGCUGACUGGUCGGCUGGCUGCAGCCCAGUCAGACAAGACAAACCGGAGGACAGUAGAAGAAGAGUUGAAGAUGGAUACAGAGGGCGAGGAAGAUUUUGAUUCACUGUUCUGGGGACCAAAGGAUCCUCCACUGCUUAGUCAAUGCUUCAAGCCAACAUAGAGCAUUAUAGAAUACGACAUUUUUAUUAA